GGAAAGCAGAAGGACAGGGGCCAGGGCCCUGGGAGCAGUAGAACAACAUCCCAGCUCAAGACAGCCACCUUGCCUCUGCUCUGCCCUCUGCUACUCACAGUCUGGUCCCUGGGGUGUACCACCCCUGCCUUAUCUGGCCAUCUUUCCCCUUGAAAUUCAGCCUAUUGGUCCUCCUUUCCAGGCCUCCCUCUUGGUGGUCUCCUUUCCUCUAGAUUUCCUCCCUCUACCUUUCUCCUUGUAGAAUUUCUCUUCUAUUCCUCAGACCCCCACUCCCUUUUCUGACCUCCUUUUUUUGGAGGGUUCAGCUCAGCCCAGGCCAUAGGGGAGAUGUGGGAGGCUCAGUUCCUGGGUUUGCUGCUUCUGCAACUGCUGUGGGUGGCUCCAGCGGAGGCUCCAGACCCUGGGAAAGAGGUCCUGGUGGUAUGGGCUCAGGAGGGGACUCCUGCCCACCUUCCUUGCAGACUUACAAUCCCCUUCCAAAAUCCUGGUCUUCUUCGGAGAGGAGUUGUCACCUGGCAGCAUCAACCAGACAGUGACCCGCCUGCUCCCACCCUAAGCCGUCCCUUGUCUAAAAGCUUCGCCUCUGUGGUGCCCUCGCCCCGGGGCAUGGGGCCCCAACGCUACACCUUGCUGAGUGUGGCUCCAGGAGGCCUGCGCAGCGGGAGGCUGCCCCUGCAGCCCCGCUUCCAGCUGGAGGAACGCGGCCUCCAGCGUGGGGACUUCUCACUGUGGCUGCGUCCUGUUCUGCUCUCCGACGCUGGCGAGUACCACGCUGCAGUGCGCCUCAAGGACCGCACCCUAGCCUGCCGGCUCCGUCUACGUGUGGGCCAGGCCUCUAUGACUGCUAGCCCCACAGGAUCUCUCAGGACCUCAGAUUGGGUCAUUUUGAACUGCUCUUUCAGUCGUCCUGACCGCCCAGCUUCUGUGCGCUGGUUCCGGGGCCAAAGCCAAGUCCCUGUCCAGAAGUCCCCCCAUCACCAUUUAGCUGAAAGCUUCCUCUUUCUGCCCCAAGUCAGCCCCUUGGACUCUGGGACCUGGGGAUGUAUCAUUACCUACAGUGAUGGCUUUAACGUCUCCGUCAUGUACAACCUCACCGUUCUGGGCCUUGAGCCCUCAGUGCCCUUGACAGUGUAUGCUGGAGCAGGUUCAAGGGCUGAGCUUCCUUGCCACCUGCCUCCUGGUGUGGGAACCCAGUCUUCCCUCAUUGCCAAGUGGUCCCCUCCUGGGGAAGGCCCUGACCUCCUGGUGGCUGGAGACAAUGGCAACUUCACUCUUCAUCUAGAGGCUGUGAGCCUGGCCCAGGCUGGGACCUACACCUGCCACAUCCACCUACAGGGGCAGCAGCUGAGUGCUACCAUCACUUUGGCAGUCAUCACAGUGACUCCUAAACUCUUUGGGUUACCUGGCUCCCUGGGGAAACUGCUGUGUGAGGUGACUCCAGCAUCAGGAUAUGAGCGUUUUGUAUGGAACCCCAUGGACAGGAGGUCCAGGAGUACCCCAGGACCCUGGUUGGAGAUGCAAGAGGCCAGGCUCCUUUCCCAAUCCUGGCAAUGCCAACUUUACCAAGGAGAGAGGCUUCUCGGAGCAGUGGUGUACAUCCCAGAGCUGUCUUCAACAGGUGCCCAACGCUCUGGGAGAGCUCCAGUUACCCUCAAGGCAGGCCAUCUCUCUCUCCUCAUCCUUGGUGCCCUCUCAUUGCUCCUUUUGGUGACUGGAGCCCUUGGCUUUCACCGUUGGAGAAGACAGUGGAGGCCCAGAAGAUUUUCUGCCUUAGAGCAUGGGAUUCACCCUCCUCAGUCUCAAAGCAAAAUAGAGGAGCCUGGGCAAGAACCAGAGAUGGAGCUGGAGCCAGAGACACAGCCGGAGCUGGAGCCACAGCAGGAGCCAGAGCCUGAACUGGAGCUGGAGUCAGAGCUGGAGCCAAGGCACCUCUGACCUGGGGCUGAGGCAAUCGGCAGAUCUCAGCAGCUCAGACCAAAUAAAUCCCCUGUCAGCAGCAA